UCAAAAUAAUUUUAUAAAGGUCAACUUCCAAAUGGUUCUAACUAAUUAUACUCUUAUUCUAUCCGAUUUAACAGUCCAGUGUUUUAUGGAAAUCUAUAGUCGCUCGCGAAUAAAAAAAAACGAAAUAAAAGAAAAACAACUUCGUAUCGACAACAGCAAAUAAUUGCGUAGAAAAGAAGACGGAGAUGCAGCAAUAUUCAGAAAAAUGGAUCGACGUCGUCGACGUCGUCGAUUGAAAGCCUGUAAAAAAUUAACAAAAUCGUGAAAAUUCCUAUUUCAUAAAAAAUUCUUUUUCGUGACAGAUUUCUAUUCACGAACAAACAAUAAAACAGAAAAAGUAGAAAAAGAAAAGUUCAAUGAUGAAUCAAGAAACUAUUGUGAAACUUAUGACGCCUCUCACCAACAACAAUGGCGACGGAUUGUAUACACAGGCUCUUUUACCAGGACUCUUUCGUGCAGUCGUCGUAAAGCUAAAUAAUAAAAAUAACAAGUAUGACGAUAAUAAUAAUAGUAACAAUCCUCGUCAAAAACGAGAAGAUGUAAUCACCUCGAAAUAUGGUACGAGUCAAUCGGCUAGACCGGAUUGUGAUCGUCGAAAGAUUCACCUUCAAUCAUCAAAUCUUUCAAUCGGUGAUAUCCUUUUAAUAGCUAGCGAUAGUCACGAGACAGUAUCAACUAAUCCUGGAUCUCGUUCUAAUGUUUGUCCUGCAUAUCAUUUCUGCGUUGAACGUAAUACCGGUAAUAUGGUAACCAUGGAUCAAGAUUCUAUUAUCAAUAGCGAAUUACCGACAUUACGUGAACUUUUAAAACCAAUUAAACAAACAGCGCUCAAAAUGAAACAACUUAGUCAAUUAAAAGACGAGGUACCUCAAACUGAAAUCGUCUGUCAUCAGUUAAGGCAAACAAACGAUUUUCGUGAGCCUGAAAAUGUAUCUUCAACUUGUCAGUUGUGUGGGAUGAAAUAUAGUAAACUUAUGUCGAACCCGAAUGAUAGUAAAAGGCAACAAGGAGGCAACAUCUAUGGAAAGAGGGACAAAAUGGAUGGUAAUAUUUCUGUUCAAAUAAUAUCAAAACCAGAAACUGAAACUCAAUACGUUCUUGAUGAUCCUCUUCUAAGUCUUAUUCGACAAAUAGUAACCUGUAUAUUAGAGACUUCACAAGAACAUCAAGAACAAUUGGAAUCUCAAAAGAAAGAAGUACCAUUAUGUAAAAGCGCGAAAAAAGAAUGCUCGCUAUGUCCUGGUUGUUUGAAACCUCGAUCAAUAACAAUUACCGAUGACGAAUGCAGCGAAGUGCAAGAUAGAAGCGUACAAUUUCAAGAAUGUCUCGAUGAUGAUUCAAAUCGAAGCAUUCAAUCUUACGAAUACGUAAGAACAAUAGAUGUUGGCUGCGAAUGUCAAGUAGAAAAAAAGAGCGAUGAAUUAGACGCAAUUGAUACUUGUUAUGGAGAGUACGGAAUUAACCAGAAUAAAUCCCUCAAUUCAUUUUUAUUGAAUAUUCUGACGAUGUUAAUAAGUGGUCAUGAAACGAUUGAUUAUAUAGAAAAUAUAAAUGUUACAGAUCCAGUUUCUUGUACUAAGUCUAGAUCUAGAUGCUUAAAUGGUGCUACAAGUAGCAUGUCGUCGAAAAAAGAUAAGUGUACUGAUUGUACUUGCGAUCUUGAUUCUGGAGUCAUAUCUUCCAACAAAAUUGAAGUAACAAGCGAAUUGUCCUAUUUACUUGAAAAUAUCGAAGCUAUGAGUAUGGAAAUUGAUUCAAAGAAGGAUGUUGCUACAUCCACGUAUUCGAUUUCUGUAUUCAGCCAAAUUACUUCCAUGUUACAAAUGAAAUCAAGGAAAAGUCCACAGUUAUCUUCUUCGACUCAAUGCGAUAUCGGACCUGAGUCUAUGUGCAAAUUGUCUUCCAAUAUCGGUAGUCAAGUAACAUUUGCAUCUGAUACGCAGAGAAAAAUAAUGAGAAAGAAACAGGAUCGUAGUAACUCGGAAGAGGUUUGCCCGUGCGGAUGCGGAUACUUUUUAGAAGGUGAAUCUACUUGUUCCUGCGGAUGUGCACAAUUUCCAAAUUCACCAUGUGUAGCUCUAAACAAUUUAAAGGAAGAAAAAAAAGAGAUGAAAUGUAAAACAAGUAAUCCUACAAGUAAUUUGACAAUAUUAGACCAGAAAAAGAGUGGAUCAAGUCGGACUAUAAAAUUGGAAAAGAGUAAUUACAACCCCGAUUGUCAAUUUUGUAGUUGCUCUCAUUUCUCAAAUAUAAACGUUCCAAUGGAUCCAGUAGUGCAACGAAUGAAUAAUAUAAUCGAGCUUCAAAAUACGAUGCCCAAUCCACAGAUAAAAUAUGAGAGCAGUUGCAAACAUUUAGAUGGCGACAAACAACUUAACUUGGAAGAAGAAGCACAAAGAUUGCAACAGAAAAUUGAAUCGUAUAAAAAAGAAAAUGAAUAUUUUCGAGAAUUAAUACAAUCUUGUAGUGGUUGCCAGAAAAACUCAAAAAUGUUGUCCUGUCCUCCACCAAUCAGAGCAACGUAUUCCGGACUCGCAACUGCAAUUGAUAUCUUACAAACUAAAUGCCGAAGCAAAGACAGCAUGAUAGCCAUUUUAGCGGAAGGAUUACGUGGUGUUGUCAAUUAUGCUCAAAUAGCCAAAAAUUUAGCCGCACCUUGUCUCGAAUAUACAUAUUGGGAUUUCGAUCGUUUUGCUCUUUAUACGUAUUUACGUAAAACCAUAAGCAAAGUUUCUAUGGAAGAAAGAAAAGAUUCAUCAAGCGAAAUAAUGAAAGAAAACGGCGAUACUCUUCUUGAUUCAUGUUACGACAAUAUUGUACCACCACCACCGACGGAUUUCAAAGUCAUACAAGAACUCUGCAAAUGUCUUUUACUCUCAUGGAAAAUACCGGAGAAUCUUAAAAAUGUUGCUGGUUAUCGGAUUUAUGUUAAUGGAGAUUCAGCGACCAACGUGAGAUCUCCAAACAGAACGGAAACAAUUUUAGGAAUCAUGAAUUCUACAAAAUCCAUAGAACUGAAGUUACAUAGCUUUAAUAAAUGUGGUAUAUUAUCCGAACCAGUCACGAUAACUUAUUCCUACAAGAAUUCGAAUAACAAGUAGCAAACAUUGAUUUUCAAAAUUUGUCCGGAUCUUGUAUGUCGGUAAAAAUUCAUUUUUCGUACUACUACUAUUAGCUGUCAUUUCGAGGAAAAGAAAAAAAAUGUAUUCGUUCGAUGUCCACUUAUCCUUUCAUGUUUCCAAACUAAUUCACCUUCAAAGUUAAAAGAUUUAUAUACACACACACACA